GCUUUCCCCCUCCUCCGAAAAGGAAACAGUAUCCCAACCGUGCACGGCAAAGUCCCUUUCUCUCGAUACCACAUUUUGGGCGUCUGAAUCUUUGCAUGCGAAAGCUGUUUGUAUCCUCUCCUUUCUUUCUUUCUGUUACUUUAGAUAUUUGAUGCUAUGGAUGUUCGCGUGAAGCGAGAGAUUCUAGACGCCGCGUUUAAGGAGCGACCGAAGCAAAACGGGAGCAGUGAUGCGACCGUGAUUGUAGUGAGUAGUAGCGAUUCGGACUCGGUGUCAGACUCCGACAAUUCGGACGGGGAGGGACGCGGAGCAAUUGUUUCUUCCAAUGGUGUUGGUGUCGAGGGUCCUGCGUCGAAGAAGAGGAAUCUGGGUGAUUUGGGAGUUGAGUUGCCCGUGGGGUUUCUUGCACCUCUCCCACCGGUGGAGAGGCAAUCUACGGCCAAUGCGGGCUUGGCCGUGAUUGGACAGAGUUGCAAACAGUUUUGGAAAGCUGGGGAUUAUGAGGGCGCUCCUUCUGGUGAUUGGGAAUUUGGAUCGGGUGGCAUAGAUCAUGUCAGGGUUCAUCCUAGGUUUCUACAUUCCAAUGCAACCAGUCAUAAAUGGGCCCUUGGAGCAUUUGCAGAACUUUUGGACAACUCUUUGGAUGAGGUCUGCAAUGGAGCUACAUAUGUUAAUGUCGAUAUGAUUCUAAGUAAAAAAGAUGGGAGCAGAAUGCUACUGGUUGAAGAUAAUGGUGGUGGGAUGGAUCCGGAAAAAAUGCGACAUUGCAUGUCUCUAGGAUAUUCUGCAAAAAGCAAACUUGCUAACACAAUCGGACAAUAUGGCAAUGGAUUUAAGACAAGUACGAUGAGGCUUGGAGCAGAUGUUAUUGUGUUUUCUCGUACUUCUGGAAAAGAUGGGAAGAGCCCAACACAGAGCAUCGGAUUGCUGUCUUACACAUUUUUGAGAAGCACCGGGAAGGAAGAUAUUGUGGUGCCAAUGCUUGACUACAAAAGAAAUGGUGGAGAAUGUAAGAAGAUAAUGAGAUCUUCUGCCGUGGAUUGGAGUAAAAAUGUGGAUACAAUUGUACAAUGGUCUCCUUUUCGUGAUGAAGUAGACCUACUCCGUCAGUUUAAUCUUAUGAAAGAUCGAGGUACACGUAUAAUUAUCUACAAUCUCUGGGAGGAUGACCAAGGGUUAUUGGAGCUUGAUUUCGAUGCUGACCAGCAUGAUAUUCAACUUAGAGGUGUCAACCGUGAUGAGAAGAAAAUACAGAUGGCAAAAGAGUUUCCUAACUCUAGGCACUUCUUGACUUACAGGCAUUCUUUAAGGAGUUAUGCUUCGAUUCUCUAUCUAAGACUUCCUCCGCAUUUCCGAGUCAUUUUUCGUGGAAAAGAUGUUGAGCACCACAAUAUUGUAAAUGAUAUGAUGAUGGCUCAGGAGAUAACUUAUCGUCCGAAUCCUACUGCUGAUGGGGUCCCAAAGGAUGUGAAUAUGGCUGCUGUUGUGACCAUUGGAUUUGUGAAGGACGCGAAAUUUCACAUUGAUGUUCAAGGGUUCAAUGUUUAUCACAAAAAUCGACUUAUUAAGCCAUUUUGGAGGCUUUGGAAUGCAGCUGGGAGCGAUGGUCGUGGUGUUAUAGGUGUUUUGGAGGCUAAUUUUGUUGAACCAGCUCAUGAUAAGCAGGGAUUUGAACGCACAACAGUUCUUUCAAGACUUGAGUCAAAACUAAUAAACAUGCAAAAGACUUACUGGUCUUCCUACUGCCACAAAAUCGGUUAUGCUCCUAGGCGUAAUAAGAGAAUCAUAAACGAGUCUUCCGAGAGAGAGGAUUCUCCAGACUAUCUUCCACAUACUUCUGCUUCUAAAAGGAAGAGUAAUGCCUCAAGCAGCAGGACGCCGUCUUUUGCACCUGGAAAAUCCUAUUUACAUUCAAAGCAGGACAGGGGAGGAAAAGUCGACCAAGGAAAUGGAAAUGGCAAUAUCUUUAGUAAAGGAAGUAAUAAUAGAAAAAAGGCUACAACAUCUGCAAGACGAACAAGUUCUUCUGAGCCAUCAUCACCUUCAGCAGAGAUUGUCAGCAAUGAUCAUGUUCGCUCUGCCCCUCCUGAGAGAGAAGCUAAUGGCUUUCCACCUGCAGCCGUUUCGUCUUCCUAUGUUAAAGAUACUGCGUCUCCACAGGAUUGUGCCUUUGUUGGAAGAGCUUUUCAGGCAGUUGCCAGGUCCCAGUCUAAGGGUGGUGAUAGCAUCGAUGCUGCACCUUCCACUACGAACUCUGAUUUACGUACGGUGGACCAGUUGAAACAAGAGAAUCGUGAGUUAAGAAAAAGGUUAGAGAAAAAUGAAGGAGAGACUCAGGGGGAAUUGAUGCGCGAUUUGCAGCAUGAAAGAGAUAGGAUCAGGACAUUUGAAACUCAGCUCCAGGCAGCAGAGAAGAAGAUAGAGGAUUUAAACAGGGAACAGGAGAGCCUGAUUGACAUAUUUUCAGAGGAACGGGAAAGAAGGGACAAGGAGGAAGAAAAUUUGAGAAGGAAGCUUAAGGAUUCAUCUAAUAUGAUCCAAGAAUUGCUUGACAAAGUAAGGCUGCUAGAGAAGUUGAAGUCCCCUAACUACAAGCAGCAUCAUUGACGAGGUUUGCGUCUUGCUUUUUUGGUGUCACCAGUGGUUCUUAGGAUGACUUUGGGCGUAAAAUUUUUUUGCGCUCCCAUGCCAGUUUUGCUGUAGGCUCCGUUAGCGUUAAUUAGCACUAAUGUUUCAUGUCUGAAAGCCCAAAGGUAAGCCAAACUAGAAUGCAUCUUUUCCCAACUGAAUAUUGUAUUCAGUAGGCCAUGUAAAGAUGAACAGCACAGAACAUGAACAAUUGCUAAUUAACAUGAACAAUGACCACACAGUUUCCUCAUUCAAGGAUGUCAUUGUUUGAAUGUUUGAAGACAUUUUCCUGCUUGUUUCCUAGAAAA